UCGGUAAUUUUCAUUGCAGCUAUGCCAGACCUCGACACCACCAGCGUAUUGAGCGAUGACUUAACAGUGUCGGAUCUUGGCUUCAAGCUGUUAGGCGCUACUGCCCCAGAAGCAACGCCCCCCAAUCCGGUCGAUUUAGCAACUAUUGGCUCUGAUCAUGGGAGCCUAUUGCUGACUCCGACGGUGUUACAGAAAAUAAUGAUAAUCAAUCUUUGAAAGCUAUCGAAAUUGAUAUGUCAGAUAUUUUGAAUGAUAAGAAUUCGAGACCUCGAUUGCGGCAAAGAAUUAUUACAUGCAAAUCGCAUUGGCGUACGGAUUUGCCCUCAAGACUCGCUCUUGUUCAGCCAAGUUCAUACAUUUGGCAUGUGCC